UAGAGGUGCUGUGCACGCGCCAGCUUGUACAUGCCGUCGAUCGACGCUCCAGUUCGUCGCUAACGCUUGAAACUUACUGCUGGAAUUUCUGCUUCCUGAGAAGAUAAUGUCUUCUGCACCAUGGUUGCAACUUGUGUUGCUGGCAGUCUUGGGCUCCGCUACAGCACCUGCAUUACGGACGGACCAGAUAACGCCAGGGCUCUCAAGCCGUGAUUCGCAUUCCCCGUACAACGUAAGUGAUGGCCUCCCGGCGGACGCAGAACUGGAGCAGCCGGCCAACAAACUCAGCGCUGCCGAAAGUGGCAAAACGAGCGGCCUCUUGAGCCUGCUUCCCAGGAGUCAGCUGCCCAAGUCCAGCAAGGUUGUGCUCAAUGGCGACCACCCUUUGACGGCCGACGACGCUGCCAGCGCCACAGACCAAACUACAGGCAUGCGUGGCCUGGACAUUAUGCGCGAGUUUUUCCACACGUUCCAGGUGCUCAUCUACAUAGCCUGCUCGUUUGCGCUGAUGCUUCUGGUGCUUGCGUUCACGGUGGUCACGGUGUACGGUGGCCGACGCUACUUGAGCUCGGACCGGUCAACGUCAAGCGCUUCGUGGAGGCGAUUUGCCGAAUCGUACCCGCUCAUGGACCGGCGUCCCUUGCUGGUCGACCAGAGCUCAGUGACGCAAAGGUUACUCGACAGCUCCGAUGAUGACGACGAGGAAGAGUAUGUGGCUGUUCACAAAAACGAGGAGGAGGUGGACACCAGCACUGCGCCCCAACGCGAACUCGGUGAACACAGAGCCCGCUCUGUCGGGUACGCCCCAUCUGAGAUCAGCGAGGGGCCGUGGUCGGCGAGAUGGUCGCUACCGGGCGACCCUCCCCAAGUCAUAAUAAAGAGCAAACAAGGUGUCAAGCGGCCCAUCGAGGUGUUCCCGAGCCGACUGCUGGAACUAUGCAACCAGGACGCGCCGCUCACUUUCCUCGCAUUCCUGCCGAACGGGAGUCAGCACCGUUCCAAGUGGAUCGCCCAUGGCCGCCACAGCGAAGUCUUCCAGGUGGCCUCCCUGCUCAGGCGGACCGUGCUCAAAGUGGUUCCCGUCACGGGAGACUUCAACCAGCAGCAGGUUGACACCAUCGCCUCCGCCAUUCAGUGCUGCCUCAAACUGACUACGUUGAAGCAUGGCACCCACUACGGAACUCCAAACUUCAUCGAGGUUGAACGGAUCGCGUGCGUGUUCGACCAGUUCCCGGAGUGGCUUCUGCGCAGCGGCAGCAGGGGCCUCGACUCCUCGAGCGAGUCCCUGGCCGAAAGCCUCGCCUCCCAGAUGGCCGGUACGGGCGGCAGCCCCGACGCCUCCGAUUUGCUCGCGGCCUUCCGCCGAUGGAAGGGCACAAAUCAAUGUUGCAUAACACAGCACUUCAUUGUGUUCGAGCUAAGUUACGCAGGAAAGCCGCUCUCGCGGAUAACGCUUCGCAGCGCGUUACAAGGCCGCAGCCUGAUGCAGCAGGCCGCGUGCUGCGUCGCCGUAGCCGAGUGCGCCCUGGGUUUCCGGCACACGGGCGUGGACGCCGACAAGCUGCUGGUGGCCGUGACCGAUGCCGCCUGCCUCGAGUACCGGCUGCCGGACAGGACGCCCAUCUCGGUCGAGAGCGCUGGUCUGAAGGCGCACUUGGCCGGCUGCCUGUCGUUCGCUGUCGACCCAGAGGGCCAAGACAACGGCGACUCUGCGUUCAAAGAUAACGCAGCAGGCAGCCCUCGUUCAGACUGCAGCGACCGCGACGCUCCCCACUUCUACGGCAACGUGAUGUGGCUGGGCGCGGUCGUGGAUUGCGUGCUGCAGAAGCUGCGCUCGGAAGUGCCGGAGACCCGCGCCCGCGCCGAGCGCGCCGUCCUCGACGAGUUGGUCUCGUGGCAAGCUCGGCUGCAGCAGUGCAACUGCGCGCGAGAGUUCGUCUCCGCAAUGGGCCUCUAAAGGACGCCACGACACUCCACCCUCGUUGGCCGCAUUAAACGCUUCGUGUUUUUGUAUUUUUCA